AUGGCAGUUCCUUCAAUGGAACCCGAUGGAACAAUCGAAAGCAAUUGGACUGAAAAGGUUCAGGACUUUGAUCAAAUGAAUUUGCAUGAACCACUUCUACGUGGUAUUUACGGUUAUGGUUUCGAACGACCAUCUGCUAUUCAGCAACAGGCAAUUAGACCAUGUAUUUUGGGACAUAAUGUUAUUGCUCAAGCACAAUCGGGUACUGGCAAAACAGCUACAUUUACAAUUUCGAUUUUACAACGGCUCGAUUUAGAAUUUAAAGGAUGCCAAGCACUCAUUUUAGCUCCUACACGUGAAUUAGCUCAACAGAUUCAAAAGGUGGUGUUAACAUUGAGUGAUUAUAUGAAUGUCACAUGUCAUGCUUUUGUUGGUGGUACUCGAGUACAAGAAGAUAUUAAACGACUUGAAUCUGGUGUUCAGGUUGUUGUCGGUACGCCCGGUCGUGUUUAUGAUAUGCUCGAACGAUCAGCUCUUCGUAACAAAGAUAUCAAAAUGCUUGUUUUGGAUGAAGCUGAUGAAAUGCUUCAAGAAGGAUUCAAAGAACAAAUCUAUAAUAUUUUUGUCAUGAUGCCACAAGAUAUUCAAACUAUUCUUCUAUCAGCUACUAUGCCGAGUGAUGUUCUUGAAGUGACAACUAAAUUCAUAGAUAAUCCAAUUAAAAUCCUCGUCAAAAAAGAAGAAUUGACACUCGAAGGUAUUCGACAAUUCUAUGUUAAUGUCGAACGUGAAGAUUACAAAUUCGAUGCACUCUGUGAUAUUUAUGAAACAAUGUCGAUUGCAAAAGCUGUUAUCUUUUGUAAUACACGUCGAAAAGUCGAAUUUUUGACAGAAAAACUGCGUUCACGUGAUUUUACAGUUUCAGCUAUAUUUGGUAAAAUAGAGCAGAAAGAACGUGAAUCAGUUAUGAAAGAAUUCCGUUCAGGUUCAAGUCGAAUAUUGAUUGCAACUGAUUUAGUAGCACGUGGUAUUGAUGUUCAUCAAGUUAAUCUUGUCCUUAACUAUGAUUUGCCUAAUAACCGCGAAAAUUAUAUUCAUCGUAUUGGUCGAGGUGGUCGAUUUGGUCGCAAAGGUAUCGCUAUCAAUUUUGUUACCAAUGAAGAUCGAAGGAUAUUGCGUGAUCUAGAACAGUUUUACAAUACUCAAAUACAAGAGAUGCCAAUGAACAUCGCUGAUUUAAUAUAA